AUGGGCGGCCUGCGAUUGCAGAUGAGUUGGCAGCCGAGUUUGUUGAGCCAGGAAAGGAAGAAUGGACCGCCAUUAGGGCUGAGGAACCUCGGUAACACUUGCUACCUCAACAGCGUCCUCCAGUGCCUCACUUACACCCCUCCUCUCGCCAAUUUCUGCCUCGGUUUAGAGCACUCAUCUCGCUGUGAUUCAGUUUCCAACGGGCAGCUUAAGCGGGAAUGCCCCUUUUGUAUACUUGAGAAAAGGAUAGUCCGCUCUCUGAGCUUGGGCCGCAACCUUGAUGCCCCGGCCAAGAUCCUGAGUUGUCUCAGGAUUUAUGCAGAGCAUUUUCGAAGUGGCCGACAGGAAGACGCCCACGAAUUCCUGCGAUAUGUCAUCGAUGCAUGCCACAACACCUGUUUGCGUCUUAAGAAGCUGUCGCGGAAGGGCAUCGACCCUGCUAGCGGAAGUACUGUUGUUAAGGAUAUAUUCGGGGGUGCCCUGCAGAGCCAAGUGAAGUGCUUGUCUUGUCAUGCCGAGUCCAAUAAGGUCGAUGAGAUUAUGGACAUUAGUCUCGACAUUUUGCACAGUGGAUCGCUUUUAGAGGCCAUGCAAAAGUUUUUCCAGCCAGAGAUUUUGGAUGGCAACAAUAAGUACAGAUGUGAAAGUUGUAAGAAAUUGGUGGCAGCAAGGAAGCAAAUGUCAAUAAGUCAAGCACCGAAUAUCCUUGUUAUCCAACUCAAGAGAUUUGAGGGCAUAUUUGGCGGGAAGAUUGAUAGGACUAUAGCAUUUGAAGAAGUCUUGGUACUUUCACGCUUCAUGUGCAAGUCGAGCCAGGAUCCUCAGCCAGAAUAUAGUCUCUUUGGUACAAUAGUGCAUUCAGGAUUCUCUCCCGACUCUGGACAUUACUACGCUUAUAUUAAGGAUGCAAUGGGCCGGUGGUAUUGCUGCAAUGACUCUUUUGUCACCAUGUCAAACUUAGAGGAGGUCUUGUCAGAGAAUGUAUAUAUUCUUUUCUUCUCUCGAACUAAUCCAAAGCCAGUACAUACAAAGCCUCCGUUUGCUUCGAAUGGAGUCCAUUCGUGUCACCCGAAUGGCAGCGCAGCCUCUAAAAGUACUUCAAAUGGAGUCCAUUCGUGUCACCCGAAUGGCAGCGCAGCCUCUAAAAGUACUUCACAGGGAGUCCAUUCGUGUCACCCGAAUGGCAGCGCAGCCUCUAAAAGUACUUCAAAUGGAGUCCAUUCGUGUCACCCGAAUGGCAGCGCAGCCUCUAAAAGUACUUCAAAUGGAGUCCAUUCGUGUCACCCGAAUGGCAGCGCAGCCUCUAAAAGUACUUCAAAUGGAGUCCAUUCGUGUCACCCGAAUGGCAGCGCAGCCUCUAAAAGUACUUCAAAUGGAGUCCAUUCGUGUCACUCGAAUGGCAGCGCAGCCUCUAAAAGUACUAAGGAGGCUCUUCCCCCAAAACCAUUUUCUUCAAAGCCACUGGUUUCUGGGAAGGAUGUUCCAGGCAGAUCUAAGGUUGACAAAGUCACUUCUGUUACACCAAUAAAGUUCAAUAUUACUGGUAACUCUGUUUCUAAGAUGGUUCCUCAAAUUAGCAAUGGGAGGGUUGAGGUUCAUACUAAAGCAAAUGGGGUAGCUAAUGGUACUUCAGGAGGCAAACUUCAAAUGGGUAAACUUGGCAAAGAGCCAAAGUCAUCAGUACUCGAGAAUGGUUCCAGACACAGAGCAAAAGAUAAUGCUGUCAAUGGUGAGUCUUACCAUCCACAUGCAGUUGCUAGUGAAAAUAAAAGCUCUGAAAAUGGCGCUGUUAGUUCUGUGAAGCCGCUUGCCUGCAAGAGCAAUGGCCUAAUACACAAGGAAACGGCAGAGUCAAGACCUGCACACCAUGAAGCUGCAAAUGGUGCCUCAGAAUCCCAUGUUGUUUCCAGGUCCAAGAGAAAACUGAACGUGGAGUCCAGUGCUUUGUUUGCUCUAGAUGAUGAAUCGAGAGCCAAGGUCGAUGAGCUGAAGGAACUACUCAAGCAAGAAGCAUCUGCAUUUUUACGAUCAUCUGAUUGGUCCAAUGAGGUAUACACCCACAUGUGUUCCAAGAAGAGAUUAUGUGCUAAAGAAGCAGGAACCACCCGUAGUAGCGCACACGACUUAAAGGGCAUGUUGAUCACCGAUGCUAAGCGGAAGUUCAUUCCAAGGAUCCCUGCAAAAUUGAGAGGAAAUCUAGUCAAACGACUCCAGUCAUUUAGCGAACAGAACUGA